AUGCGUUCAAUUAUCACAUUCGAUCAACUGUCAAUCAUCAAAAUUAUUCAACAAGAGCAUGAACCCAUACACAUACUUGGUUUCCUUUCCAUUGAUCCAGUGGAGUUUGGCUUUUUUUCUCGGAAUUUAUCUGAUCAGCAGAAAUUUCAAGGAUUGAAUGCAUUUAACAACUAUUUUGAUAUAAUCACAUUAGCUCAAUUUGAAAGUGUGCUCGAACCAGAAGAACUGAAAGAACAGUUUGAAUCGUUCCGUCCUUCAGUUAGUAAUGUCGAAAUACAAGAACCAUUGUUUACAACUCGAAAAAUAAGUCAUGCUACUUCUCACUUUCGAUUUGGACAGGAUUUCUCCAAUGAACCCAUCGCAUUAUUCAUGAGUUAUCCAUCGAACUUCACAUUCGAUAUUAUUCUCGACGAGAUUAAGGAUCAACUCGAUGAUAGUGUAGAACAAUGGAAUUGGAAAGAAAUCAAGAAUCAUGGCAUUCCUGAUAAAGUGAUCAAACAUCCGAUCGAAUUUCGUCAUGCUACAUUACAAAUUAUUCCAAGUCGACAAACAUGUACAAGUGUUUUUAGAACAAACUUAAACAAUCCGUGGUGGGAGGGUGUCACUAUAUUAAACGGAAGUUGCUCUAAUUGUGGACAAAUUCAUGAAGAUAACAGAUGGAAAGGAGUGUGCGAAAAAUGCGAAAAAUAUGAACGCAUCAAGCCAAUAUGGUCUAUGUCGUUUGCCACUAAAAUCUGCUUUCGAAUGCAAUAUCUCCGAUGA